AUGGUCCGCACAAAGGAGGAGAGGAGCCGGGACUGGGGCAGCUGCACCGUCGGCAUGCGGGAGGGCCCCACCUCCAUCGUCGAAGACGCCGGCACGCCGUCGACGCCGCCGCCCCUGUCCAAGUCGCUCCCCUGCCUCCCCGCACAGAGAGCCGCCAAGUGGAAGCACCACCACACGCUUGCCGGCGGCCACCACCACCAGGUCGCCGGACCGCCACCGGCCGAGCCGCACCACCACCGCACGCCCGCGACGGAGGGGAACCAACGCAGCCGCCGGGGGCCCGAAGCCGGACCCCAGCCGCCGCCCACGCCGCCCGCAGCCCGCGCCGCCUGCCGGACGGAACCGGCCGCCACGGCAAGGCGCACACCACCGCGCAGCCGGCCACGCCGCGCCACGCCCUCCAGGAGGCGCGCGCCGCCACGCCGCGGUGCCCCGCGUCUGCACCGCGCCCGCACCCGAAGAAGCGGCCCGCGCCGCCCCGUCGCGCCAGGGGAAGAGCAGGCCCCGCCGCCACCGGCGCCGGUCGGGCUUCGCCCGGUCGCGCCCCCUGGCGGCGGCGAGGGAGGAGGGAGGAUGGGAGGCUCGCGGCGAGCGGAUCCGGGGGCCCUCGCCGGCCGCCUCGCGGGUGGCGGCGCAGGGAGGGAAACCUAG